UUCUAGGGUUCCAUAGACGCAACAUUCUAAACGCGCUGUAAAUUCCAGUGUUUUCCACACAUUGGCUCAUUAGCAAAGUUACACUUUCUGCUGCUACAUCUGAGUUUAAAGAUUGCAAUAAUUACUGUAUGAAUUGGCCAACAAGACUCGGUCAUGUCUAGAAGAAGUUCAAGGCUUCUUAAUGGAGGGUACUAUGACCAGUCCUCUGAUGAUGAAUCCUCUGGCUCCAUUGUCUCCUACAAGGAAAGCCCUCUGCCUAGGGUAUUCAACAAGAGGAAAAUGAGAACUGGGGUCCAUAGGGGAAUCCAAAAUCCAAAUCAGCCAAUCAACGGCGAUGAAUUAAUUGGCAUGGUGCCAACUGUAAGGGCCGUCCAGAGAAGGCAGACCUUCCUGUCUCCUACUGUGGCCCCUGUUCCUGUGACCCCCGCUGCCUCUGUGGCCCUGCAGCCCAGCAUGAGCUCCUCCAGCAUUGGCUUCACCAGAAUUGACAGCUCUGGCUACUGUUCUGAUUCUGAGGAGCCACUGAGGGCCAAGACAUGCUCCACCAGGAGACUGUCCAGCGGGAUAGGCACUAGGGCCAGCGCUAGCUGCAGCUGGUCAUGUUUCCCGAAUGGUUUGCCAUCCUGGUUUGUCAUCUUCCUCCUGCCCGUUCUCCUGACCUUCCUAUUUGUCUUUCUGAUCGUGUUCCCCACCAUGAACCUCAACCUUCCAAUGAACCGCCCGACUCAACCUGACUCUCCACUCGAGCUGACUCCAAAGGCUACGUAUGGAACUCCUAUCAUGGAUUCAGCUCUCAAAAACAAAAUGGACACCAUCCAGAGAGAGAUCGAGAUCUUUAAACAGAAAGCACCCCAGCACCAAGGCAUUUCCCAGCAGAUGGUACAAAGACUGAAUAUAGACAUGAUGAGAAUAAGGAGCGAGAUUAACAACGUCAGAGGGAAAGUGAACAGUGUCUCUAUUUCUGUCUCUACUGCCGGAGAGCGUCUGGCCCAGGACGCUGCCGAGCUCAGCAGCAAGAUGUCUGAUUUCCAAGAGGAACAAUCCAUUACCACACAGCGGGUCAGAGCCCUGGAGGACAUCAGUGAUAUGCUGCAGCAACAGGUGACCUCCAUUCAAAACCAUCGUGCUCCCACACCAGAAAACAUACACAUGACACCUGCUUUUAAAGUGGCCAUGGAGAAAUUGCUGAGUGACCAACUGGCCCAGAAUGAGAGAUGUGACGUGAAACAGUUGAUAAAGGAUUGCAGUCGUCCGUUGGCGGACCGACUGCCUGACUUUGCCUUGGAGUCUCAAGGUGGCAGUAUUGUAACCAGCAGAUGCUCUGAGACGUAUCAGACCCGUUCGGCCUGCGUGAGCUUCCUGGGGAUUCCCCUGUGGUAUCCUGCAGAGACCCCCCGGACUGUCAUCCAGGGCCAGAAGGUGCUGCCUGGCAAGUGUUGGCCGUUUCCUGGGGCCCAGGGCACUCUAACCAUCGCCCUGUCUCACCCCAUCCACGUGACCCACGUCUCUCUGGAGCACAUCUCCACUGCCGUCUCCCCUAAUGGGCGCAUCGACAGCGCCCCCAAGGACUUUGCCGUCUACGGCAUGUCUACUGUUGGCGAAGAGGGAUCACUGCUCGGAAUGUUUACAUAUGACCAGGCUGGAGAUCCCCUACAGACGUUUGAAUUGCCUAACCCUACCGCAGUGUAUCUGUAUGUGGAGCUCCAUGUCCUCAGCAACUGGGGUCACCAGGACUACACCUGUGUGUACCGCUUCCGGGUUCACGGCAAGAUGUCUGUCUUUUGAGGGGGAUCGGCUAUCCAUCUCAACCCCAGAAUUUUUAUUUUCAUACUGGAGCAUAUUUUGCCUCUAAAUAAAAUCUCUAUUAGGCAGUGUUUGUAUGGGUUUGGUCACAAGUUGGAACUGAGUGUAAUGAUGGUGGCCAUAUUGGAUUCCCAAUAGAUUUGAAUUACACCAGAAUAGUUCUAAAUGUCAUAAGUAUAGUACACAAUUCUAAAAGAUGUAUCUUAUUUGCAAAACUCAUAUUUACAGGUGAUUAAACCCCCAUCAAAUGGUAUUAUGGCAGCCAUAUUGGAUUUUGGACACCGUAUUGGAUUUGGAGAAAAAUCCAGGGUGUUCCCAAGGGUCGAUAACCCUCCAUGCCCUGAAAUACACUAAGGAGCCUUUUGACUGAGAUAAAAACAUCACUUUUCUGUUUCUGGGGCUGGACCCUUUGUUUUCCUUAGCCAAUUAUAAUACAGUAGGAUUUCUAAAACUUGGGGGGCCUGGUUCCACGUUUUGGUUUUUGCCCUAGCACUACAUAGCUGAUUCAAAUAGUCAACGCUUGUUGAUGAGAUGGUUAUUUGAAUCGGCUACCAAAAAUUGAAGUCUACAUUCGUUAAUAUUUCCGCCGGUUGUUUCUGUAUUAACAGGUUGAUAUUUCCACAAUGCAUCAAGAUAUCGUUGUGCUGUUUGUGCAUGUAGGGCGGCCAGGCAAUAUUCCCAUCCAGCCAGGCAAUAUUCACUCUUUGGGUGCGUUCGAGCAGUAAGGCUAACGCAGCUGACUGUAGACAAGUCAACGAGUGAAUUCGGAGGAAGUGCGUCUGCGACGUACGAAAAUCAGACGGUGUUGUGGUCAUAGGGAAAGAGGCCUUUAGUGGCCAAAAGGCCGUAUUAGCAUAGGCGGAGUCACUGACAGCUUCCACCAUUUUAAUGUAGUCAACUGGGUGGGACAUUCAUCUUCAUUGGCUGAUCCCUCCUGGUGACCCUGUUGGAGGGAUCAGCCAAUAGUGAAGAAGAAAAUUGACUACUUCAAAAUGGAGAUUCCCUCAAUGGCCAUGCUGUAACAGGUGCUAUAAUGGCACAGAUACAAAGAUGAGUGCCCUAUCUAUCUCCAUGGUUGUGGUUUCCCUACAGCAAGGCUCCACGCAACAUGGCAGUGUUGCUAUUGUUAAUAAAAGUUUUUAUUUGGAAUGUCAAAAUAAACAUGUCUCCAGCCCCCAUAUCACACCCUCAAAAACAGUAAAUAUGUGUUUACAUUGUACCUUUUGAUCACAUGGUUUUUGUGAAGUUCAUGCAGUUGACAUGCAGUUAUCCCCAUAAUGCAACACACUUUGAAAGGCAAUAAAACAAUAUUUUUACACGACCAUACAUUUCAUAAAUGGGAGACAUUAGAGAUGUGAAAAAACAUGGUUGUGUUUUGUAACUUCUACCUUGGGUAGGAUUUUCAAAAAAAAUGUGGGGGCAUUGCCAAUAGAGCUCACCAGCUUGUAGUCAUAAAAAACGGAAGUUAUUUACCUCAUGCUCCUUCAGUCAUUCCUAAGGGGGGAAAUUAAUGGGGAAAGAAUAGGGUUUUGGGAUAAAUGCUGAAAA